CUUGGUUUUACUCUUGGCAAUGUGGUUGGGAUGUAUCUGGCUCAGAACUAUGAUAUUCCUAAUAUUGCCAAGAAGCUUGAAGAUUUUAAGAAGGAUGUGGAAGCUAAGAAGAAACCUCCCAGUGACAAGUCCUAAGAGAGCAAUGUUACCCAGGUCACCUCUGUGCAUGCAUCAAGGAUGCAAUUUACCUUUCAGGCAAGGAAGAUCAGGUAGAGGGUUGCCAUGGGAAGUUCCUGCAAUUUUAGUCUCUUAGAUCUGGAAUGUCCUUCUUUUGAAAGAGCAGCCAUGAACUUUUCCUGGGACUGAUUUUCAAGGGUUUCAGAAUUUGGAUUUGCAGCUGAUAUGUGACUGGAUAAGAUCGUUUGUAUUUUUUGUUAUUGCUUUUCCUAAUAUUUUGUAACCCGUUUUUACCUGAUCCAACUGGAGUCCUGUUACUAUGUGUACCUCACACUUUGUAAUACCCUAGUUCUUAGAACAUCGCAAAAGAAAUUAAAUCCAUCAAGAAGUAA